ACGUAAGCCGCAAAAAAAAUCUAAGUUGAAGCUGUCUUCUUCUCUCACAGCCAAAAAAUCGAGAAGAUUCUUAAAUCUCGUUUCUGCGGCUUAGGUGAGUCGUAGAGAUAAGCUUUUCCUUAUUUCUUUUCUCCCCGAUGGAUUCUUAACGAAGAAGAGAAAGAGAGGAGCAGAGUUUUCUUCCAAAGGAAUUGAAUUUUGGUUUCUCUUCAUCAACGAGAAAAUGAUGAAGUUUUGCUUCAUGACUUCAAUCCCUGGUGGGCUUGGUAUUCCUCACGAGCUCAGUAACACCGAAAUCAUCAAGAGUAGCCGGUCUUAUCUGAUGAACCCUGGAGCAAAGCAAGAGAUCAUACCUGCGAGCUCCUUCAACCUGAAUCCAGACCACUUGGAACCAUGGAAACCGGUUUCUUCUUUGAACAAAUCUAGCCAAUUCGUUGAGCUUGACUCAGCCAUGAUGAAACCUCUUCUCAUGGAUGUUCAUGGUAAGGACAAGGCACCAGAGUCUCUGGUUCUGAGCUUUGGAAUUGCCGAGAAGUACGCGAGACAAGAGAAAGUGAUGGAGUUUCUUCUCUCUCGGUCAGAGGAAUUCAAGGAAAGAGGGUUUGAUAUGUCUAUGCUAUCUGAAUUGAUGGAGGUAGAGGCUAUGAAAUCAAGUUCUCAGCUGCUUCCAUACGGUGCUUCCUCUGUUCUUUACUUGAAUCAAGAUUUAGAGAAACCGGUUUUGGAUCUCGUUAGGGAUAUGAUGGAGAAUCCAGACUUCUCUCUGAAUUCGAAUGGUCGCCUUCUGUUUAAUGCUGAGUUGAAUGAUGUACUUUCAAUCGCUUCUGAGUUCAAUUUGUCAAGAGAUUCAACAAAAUGGAGACAGCUCUCACCUCUUAUCCCACACUUUCAGAGCAGGUUUGACAGUGAAGUAUUAACACCGGUUACAGUAUUAGCUCCUUUGAAGAGUCCCGAGAAAACCAGGCUCAAGCCUUCACCAAAGAAACAAAACACAAAGCGGAAAGCUAAAGAGAGAGACCUCUACAAAAGAAACCAUCUCCACGCCUACGAGAGCCUUCUGUCAUUAAUGAUAGGCAAUGAUCAUCAAAACAAACAGACUACAAUACUCACUUUACAGAGAUCAUGCGGAGAGCUCUCAGAGCUUCUCACUCAGUUCUCUAUCACCGCUGCUGGAACCGGAAUGGCUGUGCUCUUCUCAGUGGUGUGUAGCAUUGCUUCAAGGCGUGUGCCCUUUUGCGCAAACAAGUUUUUCGACACUGGACUUGGUUUCAGUUUGGUGAUACUGUCUUGGGCUGUGAAUAGACUGAGGGAGGUGAUUGUUCAUGUCAAUAGGAAAGCAAACAAGCCUUGCUCAAGUUUGAAGGGUGAUGAAAUCAUGAACAAUGUGGAGAGGAGCAUCAAGGAGGUUUACUUCAGAGCUGCUACUGUACUCGCUGUGUUUGCACUUAGGUUUGCAUGUUGAGGACUCAGGAGUGAAAGGUUUCAGAAUCUUGAUUUUACUACUCAGUGGAAAGCUUUUAAGGUCGUUUGUAAAUGACUAAAACUUGUUUGGUACUUGAGCAUAUAAAUGUGAAGAUGGUAUUGUUGGUUGUAGAACCUAAGCUAAGAGGUCUAAGAAUUUUGCAGAAUGAAAUAAUGUUUUGUAA